UAGAUCCAAAUCGUGUGGAAGUAAUUGGUAAGGCGGGCAGCAAGUUCCAAGAAAUACAUCACUCACGCGGACCCGACCCGAAAUAAGAUUGCCGCGAGGGACCUCUAUCGCAAAACCCUCGCCACUCUCUCUCCAAUGCCCCUCUCACAUAGCCACCGUUGCCACUCGCUCUUAACCCCCUGUGUCCUAUUUCAAUGAGAGGAUCAAUUUACAAGCCUCUACCUCAUCUUCUUCCAUAGAUGAUCCAUUUGCAAGCUUUCACCUUUCUUUAACCAGAUAAAAGUUCACACUCACCAGCCGAAGCUCAACCACCAAGUUAUCUUGCCCAAAAAACACCGCCAUCCCCCAGAAGCCUCUCUCUCUCUGUCUCUCUUGUUCUCUCCUUAUUCGCGGACCCAAAUCUUGCUUCACUCUUUUCCUAUUCGAGCACCUGAAGCCCAUCCCCCCCUCUCUCUCUCUUUCUCUCCCUAGUUUAUUUGAGCUCUACAAGCUGUAGCAGAGGGAAGCUGCCAUCAACUCUAGAACAGUUGCCUUUUCUUUUUCUCCUGAAUGAGAACGAACGAAAAGUGACUUUGGAGGCAAUAAGAUUGUAGAGAAAUGGCUCUGAGAGGAGUGUGGCAACUGGAAAAGUUGGUGGUAAGCUAUUGUAACUGGGGAGGAAGCAGUCGCGGCAUUAGAGCCUUUAUGGAGUCCCAUCUGCCAUCAUUCAUAGAUAAGAACCCCCAGCUAGAGGUGGCCAAUGAACUCAUCCGCGGCCAGCAUCCUCAUUUGAAGGCUUUCUACAAGAACAAGAAUGAGCGUGUUGUGUGUGUAAAGAACAUGAAGCCGGAAGACAUACUGUUGCAUGCAACCAGGCUUAGGAAUGCAUUGGGAAGGAAGGUGAUAAAGCUGAGGACGAGGCAUGUCACUAAACAUCCGAGUGUGCAGGGUACCUGGACCAAGGACCUUAAAUUCUGAGGUGGUUGACUUCCCUAAGGCCAGCAGCUUGCGUAGUUUUUUGGCUCCUUUGCCCUAGGUUUGCAUCUGUGAUCAUGGCAUUUGUGUCUGUGGCCUGGAAUUCUAUGUUUUUGGGGGCUAUCUUUGCAUAAAAGGCAAGCAAGAAUGACAGAUGGGCAUGCCAUGUACCAAUAUUCCUGUUGAACUAUGCACGGCUUUGUUUCUAUUAAAAUUUGAGAAUCUUUGGUAAGACGAAUUAGCUGCAUCAGAUUCUUCUUUA